CGAGGCUCGAGCCGAUCGGCAGCCGCUCCGCCAUCGCCGCGAUGGUCGCCGCCGGACAGUGCCACACGGUCCUGUUGACCCGCGACGGCACGGCCGCGGCCUGCGGUUCCAAUCGAUCGGGCCAGUGCGACAUUCCGCCGCUGGCCGAGGGCCAGACCUACACGCAGGUCGCCGCUGGAGGGUACCACACGGCUCUUCUGACGAGCAUUGGAACGGUUACAGCCUGCGGCGCCAAUGAUUCUGGCCGUUGCGACAUUCCGCCGCUUGCCGCAGGCCAGACCUACACUCAGGUCGACGCUGGAGCGUGCCACACAGUCCUUCUGACAAGCGACGGCACGGCCGUGGCCUGCGGCACAACGAUUCUGGCCAGUGCGACAUUCCGACGCUGGCCGCAGGCCAGAUUUACAGACCUUGUAUUUUGCAAGCGUUGCUGCUGCAGGCGUUUCUCGACCGAGACUUGAUACGUCUCGUGACUUCCGACGGGGAGGAGCGCUGCCGCAUUGCGGCCGAACCUCCCGCUCGCUCGGCAGUCAUCCAUGACCAGCUGAAGAGCGAUCGACUCGCUGGCAGGCUCGGCCCCGAGGUCGCAGGAGUGGACGCCGUCCUGGAGGGCCACCCGCCCACAGCGCUCCGGCCGAGGAGGCGGUGGCCGGUGCAUGCGGGCUCGCGGGCCCUGCGGGGCGGGUGGUCGUGCGCGCGGUGGCGUCCGGCGGUCGGGCUGCGGAGUCGGGCGUGGAGGGCAGCGACCGCCGGGCUGUCAUCGAUGGCGAGCGGCCCGGCGAGAAGACGCCACGGGAGCUGCCCACCGCCACGGAGGCCCGCCCCGCGGAGCUCACCGUCCACCAGCACGAGCAGGGGCUGCGUGGUGACCACGCCUCGCCGCUCCCGGGCGAGCUCUGGCCCCGGCUGGGCGAGGCCACCGCC